UAGCAUUUAAUCAUUUAGCGUUUCCUUGUAGUGUUGAUUUUCUAAAUGUCAACCCUGAGACAAGAAUUGGGAGUCUUUACAGUGCUGGAUAGUGACUCAACCAAAGGAAUUCAUGCGAAUGUGAACAUAAAUAUUUUGAAUUGAUUCAUUAAUGAGUCUGCCUCGAGUGCCGGACACUUCAGUUAUCAGCCCAGCCUUAUCAGAGCUAGUUAAACGCGAGUGCUUGGCUCAAUCGCAUACAGCUCUUAUUUAGGCAACGAUGAAACGCACAUUUCGUGAGUACGAGCCAACGAUUUGCUACAAUAAACCGGAAGCAGCUACCGUUUCACCGGAAGAGUGCCUUCGUAGGAGAGAAGCUGCGUUGGCCGGAACGUUGAUCCAGGAGCUAAUAAUCCCAAAGAAAUCCGCCCAUGCCUUCAAAGUACAGAAAGGUGACCUUUGCCGGAUCAUAGUGAGCGAGGGUCCCCAAGUAGGCGAUGUGAACUUGUGGAAUGCGGACAACCCGAAGGAACGGUUCUUUUCCGGUAAAACGAGGCAACUGCAUGCGUCUCACUUGAAACUGUACGACCGGAUGUGGAGUUGUUUCCCGUACCUGAGACCGAUGGCAACUUUCGUCGGCGAUACGCUGGCCGAUUAUGGAAUCGAUAAGGAUGGAGGAGUUCUGCAUGACGUUAUUGGGACCCGGUGUGAUGAUUAUACUUAUAAGCUGAUAACUGGAAAGGACCGGUUCGGAAGUUGCCACAGUUAUCUGACCGAGGCAGCCAAGGAAUUUGGACUGACCGAAGAUGAUGUGCAUGACGUUUGGAACAUUUUUAUGUGCACCGGUAUUACGAGAGAUACUCAGCAAUAUUUUUGCAAGCCAAGUCCCGCUAGGAAAGGUGAUUACGUGGAGUUCAUCGCCGAAAUGAACUUGAUAGUUGCCGUUAGUGCCUGUCCUCAAGGUGAUGUAUCGAUUGUCGUUGGGGAAGAAGUGCCGGACGAGAAAUGUUUCCCACUGAAGGCUGAAAUCUAUCGUGCUUGCUCUUGAUGAAUUACAAUUAAAAAACUAUCGUCUUAGGCCUUUUAUGUGGAACAACUUGGUGGGAAAAUAUAGGCUAUUUACAAAAAUGCAAUUUUCAGUUUCAAACGAAGUUUAAACGGAAUAUUAGGAAAAUUUAAAAAAACAUGCGAUUUGUUUAUGACCGGACAACAUAUUGUUGUCUAUGACCGGACAAAAAAAUAUUCUAAAUAAAACAUGAUUUCAACUUGAAA